AUGGAACCUCGGACCUUUGAAUGGGAUCUGUCCGAUGGCGCCGACUUGCUUGACCCCCAAUCUCGCGGUGUUUCGCUACCUGACCAGCGCCUUUGGGCACCAACUUCUGAUGCGUGUGCCAACACCAAGGGCGUAGCAAAUGCCAUUCACAACUCCAGUCUGCUUAACAACAGCUUGAAUAUGCCGAAUUUUCAAUUCGACUUGUCUCUUAGACAGGUCUCUACUCCCCCAGAUAUCCCACCAACUCAAGCCCCUAUGGUGACGACCGCACCGACUAAAUCCACCAACAAGAAACGGCAAACGAUUCCGGAGAGUGUCUGGUGUCACCACAGAAAGACGAUCGAGAGACUUUACAUAGAUGACUGGUCCACGUUGGAGGAGACUAUGGCCACGAUGCGUGAAAAAUAUGAUUUCGAUGCGACCAAGAGGAUGUACAAGGAUAGGCUGAAGCGAUGGGGGCUCUGGAAAAAUUUGAAGAAGACAAGAGUGGAAAGCAUUGUUCAGGAAAUAAAUGACCGGCAGGGCCGCGAGACAGAGGUACUUGUGGAAGGGAGAAAAGUCGAACUGGAUCGGGUACAGCGAGCGCACGAUAGGUAUUCUGCCUCGGAGAAAAAUGGUCAAGCACAAUGCAAUGUUGAAAUCAUUGUACGGACUCCCGAGGCCCGUGACAGUUCCCCAUCGAUGGCUCAUAGAAACAAAUGUACUACGGCAUCAUCGUCAUUCAGCUUUGAGUUCAGAUCCCCGGCCCAAGGUCCUCUAGACGCAUCCUCUUUACGGGUAGAUGGAAGGGGCCUUAGCGAAGCAGAACUUCUUGCCCUGAGAGCGAAGUCGAUCAGUCAAGUCGGCGAAGGAAAUCGAGAAGAGGGCAUAUCUGGCUUGAUAGCAACUCUCUGUGGAUUCCAGGAUCACUUUCCUGCCACUGAUCCGAAGGUUAUAGAGACCGCUUGGAGUCUUGUGCAGGCGUAUACUCUCGAUGGAUUCUCCGAGAGAUGUGACGAGGUCAUGAACUGGAUGUCGGCCAACUACAGCAGGGACUUGGGUUUAUGGCAUCCUCUAUCCCUGCUCCAUUACAUUCGGGUGGAAGAGAACCUAUUGUCUUGUGGUCGCGUUCAUGAGGCAGAACGGCUGGGCCUUGGUGUUUAUAUUGCUGUAAGAGAUAGCAUGGGUGACGAGGGGGUGAUUACCAUCAAGAAGGCCUGGGGAGACAAGAAUUCCACGACAGAAGCUCCCAGCAUGUCAGUUCUUGAGGGGGUCUUCGCUUAUUAUCAAGACGAUAUUCGCGUGGGGCAGCAACUCAAGCUUGCCAAGUUGUGGUCUCUAUCCAGACUUUCCGGUAUGGACACGAUUCUACGGCGGCUUAUUCAAAGGUUUGCCUCUGUCCCAGGUAUCUUCCAGAUUCAUUCACAAGAUGUUAGAUGCAUCUUGAUUGAGUUUCUGGUUGCUUGUGGGGAUAGCAGUGCCGCCACCGAAGAAUGCAAAGCUGCAAGAGACUCACAGGCAAAACUGAUCAAGCUUCUCGGGAGGUCAGAGUUCAGAGACCUCUUGAGAAUAUCUCAACAAUUGUCAACGCUGCAUCUAGUGAACGGAGAUCCGGAUGGGCAUAUGAGGGUUUUAACCUGGACUGCCGAUGCUUUUCAGGCUAUUCUUUCAGCUGCGUCAUCAACAAGCUAUAACCUUGAUGGUAUCCUGAGUUUAGUGCAUUUUUACAUAAAAGUUGGAGAAGCCCGCAAUAAUGAGUGUGGAUGGAAAAGCGCAGAGCUUUGGGUUGGGCGAGCAUUUAUAUUUGCUGUCAGAAAGCUAGGUAACUUUCACAAUCUUUCGCUUCAGAUAGAGCGUUUACUAAAGGCAAAGACUUUCAAGGGUUUUAAUACUGACUUUUUAGACUAA